CGGAACUCCUCCCACCCGACCCCUCCGUGUUGUUAAGGUAACGGGAGCGACGCCGCUCCUUCGAGCUGUGAGCUUAUUACUAUUCUGGCGUUCAUCAGCUAUCCGCAGACCCCCCAACGAUGGCGGUGUACUUCGACCACCGCAUCGAGCCCCCAGAGUCCAACGGGGACCCGACUCACAUGACCUGGCACUCCACACAGCCCGUGUUGGCGGUAUCCUCCAUGAGCCCUGAAACGGGGGGUGCCGUCGAUCUCUACCUGCAGCAGGGGGAGCAUGUGGCCAGCUGCCACGUGCAGCGCUCCUCCCCAGCCUCGGUGCUGCGCUGGCACCCCAGCAAGGCGGUGCUGGCGGUGGGCUGGCACGCUGGGGAGGUCCUGCUGCUGUCCCACCCGUCUGGAGAGCAGGGCAGCCUGCCUGCCGCUCACACCUCGGGCAUCGCUGUACUGGAGUGGAACGGUGCAGGGAGUCGCCUCCUCACUGGCGAUCAGACGGGUGUGCUGGCGCUCUGGAAGGUGGAUGCUCGAGGUCGGGUUCAGGGGCCGCCCCUGGCGAAGCACAGUUAUGGGAAAGCGCUGACCUGCUGCGUCUUUCGACCCGUCGCUCCUGCGGAGGACGUGGCUCAGUUGGCCCGGGCAGCUGUGAGCGGCGACGAGAGCGCCCUCGACAUGUUUAACUGGAGAACUCCGGGGACAGGCCCAUCACCGAAGACUCAGGAGGGAACGGUCUUCUUCGUGAGCACUGAUGAUGGGUGUGUCCACUGCGGAGACGACAAAGGCAGGAGCAGCCCCGUGUUGACCGUGGACGGCCACGUACAGAGGCUCCUGUAUUUGGAGAGGCGAGGAGUGCUGGCCGUCAUCACCGAGAACCUCCUCCUGUCCCAGUACCGGCUGGGACCAGAAGGGGGCGCUCAAGAAAUCAUGAAGGUGAAGCUGAGUGGGCGGAGCGGGCAGAUAGCGGACAUAGCAUGGGCAGAACGGGGUCUCCUGGUCACGGCCACAGGGGAGCAGGUCAUCAGGCUUUGGGACCUCGAGAGAGAUGACAACAGUGUUCUUGCGCUUGAUGAGAGUCUGGGCUUCGAAAAGGGCGAGACGCUGCACUGCGUGGCACACUGUGCUGCCAAAGAGCUGCUGGCUGCAGGAACCAGCAGGGGGCGCAUCGCCAUGUGGCGUAGCGUGCCUUCGGCGUCCGGUCACGGCGAGGUGGAGUCCGGCUGUCAGUGGAAGCUGCAAACUCCCACUGAAGUGGAAGGAAACGUCUCACAGCUCCAGUGGGGCUCGGGUUUGAACUUGCUGGCGGCCCGCAGCAUCAGCACCGUCCUCAUCCUCUCGGAGCAUGUGAUGUCCACCCACUUCAGCCAGCAGGUGGCAGCGGUGCAGCUGACCCCCAACCAGCUGAGCGUCACGUACUUCAGCGCCGGGAAGCAGCUGAGGCUGUGCUCGGACACGCACAUAAAGGGCGUGUGCAUCACCAAGGACACAGUGACCGUGUGGAACGGGCGACGAGUCGCAGUGUACGAGCCUUCGCAAGGUGUCCUGCGCAGCACAGGCUCCUUCCUGUGCGAGUCGAGCGCCCUGGCUGUGCAUGGCGGAGACAUCUACACCGUGGAGCCCCAGCGGGUGCAGGUUCGCACCAUGCAGGGUACCGUGAAGCAGCUGCUGCCCUUCUCGGAGGCCGAGGGAAACCCUGUGCUGCUCAGUGUCUGCCAGUCCUUCCUGGCCGUGGGGACAGACUCGGCUCACGUCAAGGUCUACGACCUGUCACGCAGGGAGGCGAAGCCACACUGCGCCGCCAAGAACCUGAGGGACCAGAUCCCCAACCUGGGGGCUCUCGUGUCAGUCAAGUGUAACUCCACUGGCAGCCAAAUCAGCAUCCUUGUGACUCAGGUCAACGGGAGACCGGACCACAGAGUGUACUUCUACGACGUUGAGAUGGAUACUCUGUCGUACUUUGACUUCUUCACUGGACGUCCAGCGACUGCGGGUUUGCAGCCAGACGACCCUGAGAGGAGGAACCUGGACCGCAUGGCAGAGCUCCACGGCCGUUUCCCCAUCUCCCAGUUCUGGGACGAGAGCGAGCCACGCCUCUUUGUGUGCGAGACAUUGCUGAAGGCCACGAGUUCACAGCAGCCAGCACCACCUGGCAGCCUGGAGGGGGCAGAUGUGAUUGUGGUCUCCUUCUUCUGCACCCAAGAGCAUGGGCUGCUGCUGCAAGACUGCUAUCCCAGACCAGCAGGUGUGGAGGCCUUGCUUGCAAUGGAUGUGCCAUUCUACUACUUCACCUGCAAGCCUGGUGAAGCACUAGCUGAAGGUGAGCAGCCCUCAGCGCAGCCCAACUCUACUCCUCACAUGGUUUCCAGAAGAGUUCUCAGGGACUUUACUGGCCUGGAGGAUUGUGACAAGCCCACCCGUGAUGCCAUGCUGAACUUCAGCUUCUAUCUGACCAUUGGAGACAUGGAUGAAGCCUUCAAGUCCAUCAGGCUCAUAAAGAGCAAAACUGUGUGGGAGAACAUGGCACGCAUGUGUGUGAAGAGCCGGCGGCUGGAUGUGGCGCGCGUUUGCCUGGGGAACAUGGGUCAUGCGCAGGGAGCCCGGGCACUCAGGGAGGCAGAGGUCCAUCCCGAGCUGGAGGCACGUGUGGCUGUUCUGGCCAUACAGCUUGGCAUGCUGGAUGACGCUGAAAGGCUGUACAAGAGCUGCAAGCGUUACGACCUCUUAAACAAGUUUUACCAGGCAACGGGGCAGUGGCAGCAGGCACUGGAGACGGCAGAAACUAACGACCGUGUCCAUCUUCGUACCACCUAUUACAGCUACGCCAAACAUCUGGAAGCCAUGGGUGACCGCUCGCUGGCGCUUGUGCACUAUGAGAAAUCAGACACUUACAGAUUUGAGGUUCCCAGGAUGCUCCUGGAGGAUGUGGUGUCUUUGGAACUUUACAUCAACAAAACAAAGGAAAAGAGCCUGUACAAGUGGUGGGGUCAGUACCUGGAGAGCCAGUCAGACCUGGAGUCAGCGCUGCGCUAUUAUGAGUAUGCUCAGGACUACCUGUCUCUAGUACGUGUCUACUGCUACCUGGGCAACCUGCAGAAGGCAGCAGAGAUCGCCAACGAAACAGGCAACCGCGCAGCCUCCUACCACCUGGCGAGGCAGUACGAGAGCCAAGAGGACAUCAAGCAGUCGGUGCACUUCUACACGCGCGCCCAGGCGUACAACAACGCCAUUCGCCUCUGCAAGGAGAACGGGCUGGAUGACCAGCUGAUGAACCUGGCUUUGCUGAGUAACCCAGAGGACAUGAUGGAAGCAGCCUGUUAUUAUGAAGAGAAGGGGGAUCACAUGGACCGAGCUGUCAUGCUCUAUCACAAGGCAGGCCACUUCUCCAAAGCGCUGGAACUGGCUUUCUCCACCCAGCAGUUUGGUGCUCUGCAGCUCAUUGCCGAGGACCUCGAUGAGAACUCGGACCCCACUCUGUUGUCACGUUGCUCUGACUUCUUCAUCAAACACUCCCAGUACGAGAAAGCUGUGGAGCUGCUGGUUGUGGCCAAGAAGUACCAUGAGGCGCUGCAGCUGUGUCUGGACCAAAACCUGACCAUCAGCGAGGAGUUUGCUGAGAGCAUGACCGUGUCGCGUGACUCCAAAGAAAUAUCCGAGGAAGCCCGUCGUGACCUCCUGGAGAGGAUCGCUGACUGCUGCAUGCGCCAGGGCAAUUACCACCUGGCCACAAAGAAGUACACCCAGGCGGGGAGUAAAGUGAAGGCCAUGAAGGCGCUACUCAAGUCUGGAGACACCGAGAAGAUUGUCUUCUUUGCCGGCGUCUCCAGACAAAAAGAGAUCUACAUCAUGGCUGCCAACUAUCUGCAGUCCCUGGACUGGCGGAGUGAUCCUGAGAUCAUGAAGAACAUCAUUGGAUUCUAUACGAAAGGCCGUGCCCCCGACCUUCUUGCAGGCUUCUAUGAGGCAUGUGCCCAGGUGGAGAUCGACGAGUACCAGAACUACGAGAAGGCUCUGGGUGCCCUGAGCGAGGCCUACAAGUGCUUGUCCAAGGCCAAGGCGCUGAGUGCUGAGGAGCAGGACCGCCGUCUGGCCAGGAUGCAGCACAGGAUCUCCCUGGUGAAGCGCUUUGUCCAAGCGCGCAGGCUGUUUGAAGAGGACCCUGCAGAGGCCGUGCUGCUCUGUAAGAGUCUGCUGGAGGAGGCUGAGCUGGACCCUGCAGUGCGCAUUGGUGAUGCCUAUGGCUUCCUGGUGGAGCACUACUGCCGCCAGGGUAGCUUCCAGGAGGCCUACCACACCCUGGAAGAGAUGACCAAGCGAGUGCCCUCCCUGAAUGUGGCCUUCUAUGUGAGCCAGCGGAGCCUGGAGGCCCUGCAGCGGGCAGUGGGGCUGCCCCCCAUGGGUGUCAUGCAAGACAGGGGCAACAAGCAAGACAGCGGGGAUGAGGAGGAUGAGGUGGAGGAAGUCAUGGAGGAUGUGCAGGGGGACUGAGUGAGGUGGGGUAUCUGAGAUGAGGAGGCUGGCAAAUACUUUCAGAACCACGUUGUUCUUGGUGACUGGAGCUGUGUAGACUGUGAACUGGACCUGCCAUACAGGGAGGUAAUUUUAUAUAUAUCUUUUUUUAUUACUGUUAACAGUUAAUGAUGACUUUUUGUCCAAGGUGACUUUAUAGUGAUUUACCCCUUUU